UUUUUGGCUUGAGUUAGCUUCUUUAUUUGACCUCUUUUAAGGGCCCUAUAAUUAUUGUUUGAAAUUUUUGUUACUUUGGGGAAAUAAAACCCAGUUUUUUGAAAGUUACAACUGUGUCCUCAUGCUUGACCGGCUCGGUCCCUCACACAUGGUGGCAGUGGUGGGAUAUGCCAGUUGAGGACACAGUUUUUUUUUGUUUUGGACAGUUUUUUUUCUUUUUCAAAUUUUUUGGCCCUCUUUGACAAUGCACCGUGGAGCCAGGAAGCAUAAACCAGAGACCCAACCAUCAGAGGAGCCAUGUGCUGGAGAAGAGGAACUGGAGGCUGGAGCUUCUGCAAUGGCAGCCGACACUGGGGGUGAAGAUGUGACAGAACCAACAUUGAGGGACUUGACUGGGAUCUUACAGGCAUUUAUGGGUCUGCAGGAGGCCCGGGAGGUAAAGUUAAAUGAAGAGCGGCAAAAACAGGAUCAACGGUUUAAAGCCCUACAACAUCAGUUUCAGCUCCUGCAAAUGGAAGUGCAGGCCCGCACAUCUCCACUCCCUGAGCCCUCUCCAAAUGAUGCAGGACCUGAGGAGGAUGACAUUGAGGACGUCAAGAAUGCCCAGGCGACAUCUGCAUCAGUCAGGAUGUCUUCAGGUCAGUCACAGUUCUCUCUGGAGCCAAAGUUACAAAAACUGACAAGUGAUGAUGAUAUUGAACAUUUCCUUGUUACGUUUGAGAGAAUGGCAGCUGCCUGUAGAUGGCCGAAAGCAGACUGGGUUUUUCACCUCAUUCCUCUCCUGACUGGAAAGGCAAGGAGUGCCUAUGUUCAUAUGGAUGUAGAUGAGACACACAAUUAUGAUGAUGUGAAAACAGCCAUCUUAAAGAAGUAUGACAUUAAUCCAGAAACGUACCGACAAAGGUUUCGUUCCCUGUAUGUUUAUCCUGAUGAGAGCCCUAAAGAACUUUAUGUGAGGCUGAAGGAAUUGUAUGGGAAAUGGAUUUUACCCAGAGGUAAAACCGUGGAAGAAAUUGGGGAAAUGUUGAUUCUGGAACAAUUUCUGAGAAUGUUGUCCCCUGAGCUCCAGGUGUGGAUAAAAGAGCAUGAUCCAAAAUCCGCUGCAGAAGCUUCGACCCUCGCAGAUGUGUUUGUGGCUGCUCGCAGGAAGGGACAGCCAUGGAGUAAUGCCUCAUUUAAAGAUAAGAACGCCUGCAAGCCAGCAUCAUCUCGGCACCACCAGGGUUCAGCAACAGGAAGGGCACACUAAACCGGUGUGUCCACAAAACCCCUUAAAACUGACCCAGAUGUGCUUGGUACCAUCCCAAGACUCAGAUAUAAAAGAAAGGGGAUCUUUAACAAGAAUGACCACAGUAAAAAUCAAUGGAAGAAGACUGAAGGCCUUGAUAGAUACUGGCAGUGCUCAGACUUUUGUUCACAGACAAUUUAUACCAAGUGGCGUGCAUACUUAUGAUACCAUCUCAAUCUGUUGUGUGCAUGGGGAGGAGAGGCCUUACCCUACUGCUGACAUAUUUAUUGAAGUAGGUGGACAAGCCUAUUUAUUGAAAGUAGUUGUGGCUGAUGCCUUGCCCUUCCCAGUAAUUUUGGGUGAAGACCUGCCAGUGCUCAAUGAUUUGUUAAAACCAGCAAAGGACUGUAAUGUGGCUAUUACGAGGGCCAAAGCUGCUGAAGUAAAUGAACAUCUUCCAACUUUGAGUACCUUACCUUUCUUUGACGCUGACGUGGAGACUGAUCCUGGGAGAUCUAGGAAAUCACGAAGUCAAAGAAAGCAAGAGAAGUUCAGAGGUACUGUUGUAAAGGUGCCGGCAGAUGCUACCCCUGAUGAACCGCUCGGGUUUAAAAUGCCAACAGACAUUAUUCAAAUGCAGCAAAAUGACCGCACGUUGUCAGACAUUUUGUCGAGAGCUAAGAAGGAUUCUAAGGGUGAGCUUGGCCACAACAAAGAGGAGUAUUUUUUACAGAACGGCAUACUUUACCAUCGGUGUGGUCAGGCUAAACGGCUAGUGGUUCCACACAAGGCCCGAGAGAUGGUACUUAAUCUGGGCCACUCCAUUCCCUGGGCUGGCCACCUAGGGAAAUGCAAGACCACUAGUCGUAUUAAACGUUACUUCCACUGGCCUGGCCUACAUUCCGAUGUUGCACAGUUCUGCAAGAGCUGCCCCCAGUGUCAAAGGACAUCAAUUAGAGGCCCUUCAAGAGUUCCACUUCAGCCCUUGCCUGUGAUAGGCACCCCAUUUGAACGUCUCGGGAUGGAUAUUGUUGGUCCCUUGGAAAAAAGCCAUUCAGGAUAUCGGUAUAUGUUGGUGGUCACAGAUUAUGCAACCAGAUACCCUGAAGUCUUCCCACUGAAAACGAUGAAGGCAAAAGCUGUAGCCUUCUCUCUAAUACAGUUCUUUUCAAGAGUGGGGUUUCCUCGUGAAAUUCUCACAGAUCAAGGAACCAAUUUUAUGUCUGUUUUACUGAAACAGGUGUAUAAAUUAUUGGGGAUUAGGAGUGUAAGGACUACUCCAUAUCAUCCGCAGACGGAUGGGUUAACGGAGCGCUUUAAUCAGACCUUGAAGCAAAUGCUCCGUAAGUUUGUAGAUGAAACGGGCUCGGACUGGGAUCAGUGGUUGCCUUACCUACUUUUUGCAUAUAGGGAAGUGCCCCAGGCUUCCACUGGGUUCUCCCCUUUUGAACUCCUAUAUGGUUAUGAGGUCAGAGGCCCUCUUACCCUGUUGAAGGAAAUCUGGGAAGGGACCCAGAUAGGGGAGGAGCCAGUUAAUGUCAUUUCCUAUGUCUUAAAGAUGAGGGAGAAACUGGAAAAAAUGAGCAU